UAAGGCCGAGAUGGAAUUACGACUGGGAUUUAGGAUCACCUUGGUCUUGGUCAUCCUGGUCUUGACUCUUUCCAGUGAGAGAGUGGACGCUCAGAGGGCAGGGUGUAAAAAUGUCCAUUAUGACUUGGCAUUUAUCCUGGAUACCUCAUCCAGUGUGGGCAAGGAGAACUUUGAGAAGAUUAGACAAUGGGUGGCCAACCUGGUGGAGUCCUUCGACGUGGCACCUGACAAGACAAGAGUAGCCGUGGUUCGUUACAGCGACAGACCCACCACCGAGUUCAAUCUGGGCCGACACAGGACCCUGGAAGAUGUGAAGCGAGCUGCCCGUAACAUACGCUACCUGGGGGGGAAUACAAUGACCGGGGAUGCUAUCAGCUACACCACCAACAACAUCUUUACAGAGCGGAGCGGAGCAAGACCGAACGCCAAAGGCAUUCAGAGGGUGGCCAUCCUUCUCACAGAUGGCCGAAGCCAGGAUUAUGUUCUGGAGCCCUCUAAGGCAGCUGCCAAAGCUGGCAUCAGGAUGUUUGCCGUGGGCAUCGGGGAAGCUCUGAAGGAGGAGCUGGAGGAGAUCGCAGCUGAGCCAAAGAAUGCACACGUUUUCCAUGUGACGGACUUUAAUGCCAUUGACAAGAUCAGGGGCAGGCUCAGGAGGAGGCUGUGUGAGAAUGUCCUGUGUCCAAACAUGAAGAUCCAACCUGAUCGCUUUAAGCCCAACAGCACCAGUUAUGGUCUUGAAGAGGUUCCAGGGUUCGACCUGAUGGAGUACUUCAAUGUGAAAGAUAUUCUGGGAACCAGAGUUGAUGAAGGCCAAAGUUCCUACGUUCGUCUUGGCACCAUGCCUAUUGUGCAGCAGACAGAAGAUGUGUUUCCUCAGGGGUUGCCAGAUGAAUAUGCCUUUGUGACGACGUUCAAAUUCAGGAAAACCUCGAGACGUGAAGAUUGGUACCUCUGGCAGGUUUUCGACAAAUAUGGGAUCCCACAGGUGUCCAUCCGUCUGGAUGGUGAGAACAAAGCGGUGGAGUACAACGCUGUCGGCCUGACAAAGGAUGCCGUCAGAGCUGUGUUCAAGAACCCUGAAGUCGAAAACCUGUUUGACCGCAACUGGCACAAGAUUGCCCUCAGCGUGGAGGCCAAGGCUGUGGCUCUGUACCUGGACUGCAAACACAUCGCGACCCUGCCCAUUGAAGACAGAGAGGACAUCGACAUCCAGGGGAAGACGGUGAUCGGCAAGAGGCUGUAUGACAGCGUGCCGAUUGACUUCGACCUCCAGAGGAUGAUGAUUUACUGUGAUUCCAAGCAUGCAGAGCUGGAAACCUGCUGUGAUCUGCCCAAUGGGCCGUGCCCCAAGAAAGUUGUGACCGAGGCUCCCCCUGUGGCGAUCCCAACUCCAACACCCACCGUUGUGGAGCAACAAAGAGGCCCUCAAGUGAACUGCUCCUGCCCUGCAGGAGACAAGGGAGACACCGGUGCACAGGGUGUUGCAGGUCCUAAGGGUGAAAAGGGUGACACUGGCCCUAAGGGUGCCAUCGGACCAUCUGGCGUCAAAGGAGAAAAAGGAGAAACUGGCAAAGUAAUCUCUGUCAAAGGUGACAGAGGUGUGAAGGGUGAUACAGGCAGCAUAGGGUUGUCAGGUGCUCCUGGGCAAAAAGGAGAGAAGGGACUUGGUGGCGUGCCAGGUAUUGACGGUUUAUCCGGCGACAAAGGGGACAAAGGUGCAGAAGGACGGGCUGGUGAACCGGGGCUUCCAGGGCUCGCUGGAUCAAAGGGAAUUCAGGGAGACGCAGGGAUUCCUGGCUCACCUGGACCAAAAGGUGUCACCGGCGAUGCGGGUAUAAAAGGUGAAAGAGGAUCCCCAGGAGCCAGGGGUGAGGCAGGAGUGGAUGGGUUUCCUGGAAAACCUGGCGUUCCCGGGAAAGACGGUUUGAGAGGACUGGCUGGAGCACCUGGGCCCAAUGGAGUUAGAGGUGACAAGGGGGAGAGAGGCCUUCCCGGAUUACCUGGGGAUGUGGUACAAAAAGAAGGCUUACGAGGUGAAAAGGGAGAUGCUGGACCUCCUGGGCCUCCAGGGGCUGAAGGCCCCCAAGGGCCUGCUGGUCCUCCCGGUCUACAGGGGCUGCCUGGUGAACCUGGAGAGUUUGGCCAGAGGGGAAAGAAAGGUGAAGCUGGACUUCCUGGAGUGGACGGCCUGCCUGGACCUCCCGGUCCUCAGGGGCCUGCUGGACCACCUGGAAACCAAGGGCACACCGGACCUCCUGGUCUUCCUGGUGAAAUUGGAUUUUCGGGCAAACCUGGAGAGUCUGGAAAGCCUGGUCUUCCCGGUAAAGACGGUCUGGAUGGUCUUCCUGGAAAUGAUGGUGCCAUGGGGCCCAGGGGAGAGCGUGGAACAGAUGGUUUUCCUGGCAAGCCUGGACCUAAGGGUGACGACGGGCCUCCUGGACCCAGAGGACCUCCAGGAGAGAGAGGAGAAGGUGGUGCCCGUGGACAACCCGGUGCUGAUGGAGCCAGAGGAGACAGAGGUGUUCCGGGAGAAAGAGGACAGGAGGGUCCACUGGGGCCAAAAGGUGAAAAGGGUGACAAGGGUGAAGCGGGAGCUCGGGGACCGCCUGGCGCUCCAGGAAAUGUGGCAAAUGUCAUCCCUGAGCCAGGAGAACCUGGAAUUCCUGGAGAGAAGGGAGAGCAGGGGGAUCAAGGGAAACCAGGAGAGAUGGGUCCAAGAGGUCUACCUGGUGAACAAGGUUUUAAAGGACAACCUGGACUACCGGGUCCAAAGGGGGAAACUGGUCCUACAGGAGAGACCGGACGCGUUGGAGACCCUGGUCCACCUGGCCUCGCUGGCCCUCAGGGUCCCCGUGGACUACCGGGAAAUGUGGGCAUACCAGGGAUCAUCGGGCCUCCCGGUCCAGCUGGACAGAGAGGAGACAAGGGUGAAACAGGCAAACCUGGACAAGCAGGUCCCCAAGGCCCACCUGGAGAGCCCGGUGUGAUUGGACCCCCUGGACCAACAGGGAAGGGCAAAGACGGGCAAAAUGGAGAACCAGGACCACAGGGAAUUCAGGGACCCCCAGGGCCAAAGGGCCAAUCGGGACCACGAGGAGAACAAGGUUUACCAGGGGACAGGGGUUCUGCAGGAGAAGGCAAAGUGGGACCACCGGGGCUCCCAGGAAAGAGUGGUGAACCUGGAUCUGCGGGUAUGAGGGGUCCACCAGGAGUCGCUGGUCCUCAAGGCCCAGCAGGGCACAAUGGUUUACCAGGAAGACCAGGAGAGAAGGGAUCACCUGGAGAGCCUGGAAAGGCAGCAGACCUUUCUGACCUAAACCUGAAGGAUGUUUGCUCAGACUGCCCUGCAGGUCCACCCGGACCUCCCGGACUACCGGGAAUCCCGGGAGAUAAAGGACACCAGGGACCUCCUGGGAAAAACGGCCAAGAUGGAUACCAAGGUGCGACGGGACCCGCCGGACCUCAAGGGCCCCCCGGAGCCGACGGAGGAAAGGGUAUAAAAGGUGAUCGAGGACCUCCCGGAGGCCCAGGAGACAAAGGAGACAAGGGUCACCCGGGUCCCCCUGGCCAUCCGGGUCCUGCUGGAUUGAUGGGUACACCUGGUAGCGAUGGACAGCCUGGACCCGUGGGUCCCCCGGGGCCCCCUGGAGAAAAGGGCAAAGAGGGUCUCAAAGGAAUCCAGGGACCACCAGGUCUUCCUGGCUUGAUAGGUCAGCCUGGAAAAAUGGGAAAAGAUGGCCGGCCCGGGGAAAUCGGAGAACCUGGCAAGCAAGGUGAACUUGGACCUCCAGGAAACCCAGGACUCAGGGGGCUCCCAGGCUUUAAAGGCCACAGAGGAGAACCUGGAGCUCCAGGUCCUAAGGGAGAAGAUGGAAAGCCUGGACCUCCUGGACGCGACGGCAAAUCUGGGAAGGAGGGCUCUAUGGGACCUCCAGGCCCAGAGGGACUUAUUGGUCCAAGAGGAGAGUCGGGCAAGCCAGGUGAACCAGGACCAUCAGGAAAACCAGGUCUCCCUGGAACACCA